AUGAGUUAAGAGACAUUGAAUGGAAUAAAUGGAAUUCUGACAGACGUUCAAAGUUUUGGACAAGAAAGCUACAGGUUCAUUAGAAAAUGCACUAAACCAGAUAAAAGAGAAUACAUAAAGAUUGCAACAUCAUGUGCAAUUGGAUUUGCAGUUAUGGGAGCAGUGGGUUAUUUCAUAAAAUUAGUAUUCAUUCCUAUUAACAACAUCAUCCUCAGCGCAAAUUGAUUUAUUUUGUUUAUUUAACAUAAUAAUAUAGGAAUUGUGUUUAUAUAUUUCUAAAUAU